AUGGAUAAACGUCCUCGAAACGCAAGGUCUGAGAUGUAUCUGUUGCGCCAACAGGAGACGAUCGUGUUGUGCUACUUUCAUCUCACCCUGUUUCAUCUUUGCCUGACACUGGCAAAACAUCGGAAAGCCAAAGAGUUCGCCAGAAUGAGUGCAGAAAUCCUCAAGUCGGAGGCGCCGAAAGACACGUCGGGUGUUCCCCAUCCCACCGACGAUGCUUCGCCAUUCUCGAUCCCCGAUAUCGUCUUGAACGGCACUGAAAUGACCAAGAUCUCGAAGAAGGGGAAGAAACGAGUCGUGUUCCGGAUCGACCCUGACGAGGGACGCCUCCUUUACAAGUCGAAGAAGGGCGGGCUGGUACCGAUCGAGGCCAUCAAGGAGAUGCGCUCUGGCGAAGAUGCACGAUACUAUUGCAACCAGUUCGAGCAGCCGGAGGAAGCGGAGAGUCGAUGGAUCACCGUCAUCUACAUCCUCGGCGGCGCCUAUAAGACCCUCCACAUCCUCGCAGACACGCGUGACGCCUUCCAUGCCUGGGAUACCACUCUACGCAAGUUGCACUCGGUCCGACAGGGCCUCACCACCGGGCUGGGGAAUAUGGAAACGCGAGAGGAGGUCUGGGAGAGACAGUAUUGGAAAGGGGCUGAUGAGGAAGGCGACCAGGUCCUCGACUUUGAUGAUGUCGACCGUCUCUGCAAGCGACUCCACGCGAAUAUCCCUACCCCUCGGCUUCAGCAGCUGUUCAAGGAAGCUGACACGGAGAACAAAGGCCAUCUUGACUACCCCGCGUUCCAACGAUUCGUCAAGAAGCUCAAGCGUCGACCUGAUGUCGAACAGAUUUACGGUCAGAUCGCAGGGCAGAGCGGCGGUAAAUUCGAUUUUGCUGCCUUCGAGAAGUUCAUCAAGGAGGUCCAGAAGUCCCCGCUUUCAACCGACGAGCUUCGGGCAGUCUUCGACAAAUAUGCUACAUCAGCGGAUUCGACAUCUCCCAACGAGCCUUCGGGUGCCCUGACCUUGGACGCAUUCACCAAAUUCCUAACCUCCCCAGACAAUGCCGCCUUCGCCGAGGAGGGCAAGCCCAUCUGGCAAGACAUGACCAAGCCCAUCUCCGAAUACUUCAUCUCAUCCUCUCACAACACCUACCUCGUCGGUAAUCAGCUCACAGGAGUCAGUACCAUCGAAGGAUACAUCCGAGCCUUGCUUCACAGCUGCCGCAGCGUCGAGUUGGACAUCUACGACGGCGAUGACGAACCCGUCAUUUUCCACGGCAAGACUCUGACCUCCAAGGUCCCGUUGCGCGAUGUCUGCGUCGCGAUCAUGAAGUACGGGUUCACGACUUCGCCCUAUCCUCUACUGGUGUCCGCCGAAGUCCAUUGCGGCCUCGCUCAGCAAGAGAAGAUGGUGGAUGUCAUGACGGAGGUCUGGGGCGACGCCUUGAUCCAGGCUCCGGUCAACGGUCGACCACAGCUCACCCACCUGCCCAGCCCUGAGGAUCUCAAACACAAGAUCCUUCUCAAGGCCAAGAACCUCUACGUCGUCGAGCAGCUGGCCAAGGCCAAAGCGAAGAGGGCAGAAGAGAAGGCCGCCGUCCUCGAAGCCGAUCCCUCCUCAGAGUCUACGAACGAAUCCACCGACGACGACGCUGGCGAGUCCAAGCCCGGUGCUCUGGGCGCGCUCAAGUCUAGGUGGCGCAAGAUGCGGGGCAAGGAUCCCAAGCCCGCCAAGCCCAAGGUCAAGAUGUCCUUCCGCCUCGCCUCGCUCUUGGUGUACACCAUCGGCGUCAAGUGUCAUGGUCUCAACGAUGAAGUCCAGUAUGCCCCGGAGCACAUCUUCUCGCUCUCAGAGUACUCGGCGAACAAGCUGUUGAAGGUGGGGAUGUGGGAUUUGAUUAGGCAUACGCAGGGGCAUCUGGUUCGGAUUUACCCCAAGGGUACGCGGGUGAACUCGACGAAUUUUGAGCCCCAUCGGUACUGGGCUAGUGGGGCGCAGGUUGUGGCUAUUAAUUGGCAGACGUUUGAUCUGGGAUAUGUGAUGAACCAGGCGAUGUUCCAGAGGAAUGGUCGCUCUGGGUACAUCCUCAAGCCUGAAGCUCUCCGUUCGCUCGACAAGGACCUCUUCUCCAAGCGAACCAAGCACUUUUUGGAUAUCACAAUUAUCUCCGCCCAACAGCUCCCUCCCCUCCGUGACUCCAAAGGGAACGAAGUAUUCGGCAAAUCAAUUCCAGACCCCUUCGUCGAAGUCUCGCUCCUAAUCCCUGACUGGACGAACUCUCCCUUCCUCCCGGAGAGCGCCAAAGCCGAGGGUGCCGAGUACCACUCCCCGAGCGAGGGGAACACGACGACGGCGACGUCGGCGCGGACGGUGAAGAUGAAGACGCAGGUAGUGACUGAUAAUGGGUUCAAUCCCACGUGGAAUGAGCAGUUGCAUUUGCCGUUUGAUUGUGUGGGUGGGAUGAUGGAUUUGAUUUUUGUGAAUGUUGCGGUUAGGCAGGAGGGGAAGGAGGAUGAGGAUGAUGAGCCGUUGGCGAUGUAUUGUAUCCCGCUUGGGAGCUUGAAUCAAGGAUAUCGCCAUCUCCCUCUCCACGAUGCGCAGAUGAAUCAGCAUCUGUUCUCCACCCUCUUCGUCAAUGUCGCCAUCCGCGAUGCGGACUAA